AUGAUUCCUUCCUCUUGUAGCAUCAUACGCCCUCGCAAUCUCCCCCAAGCUUUCGCCUCCCGUGAAUUGUGGUGUCUGGCGGAAGUGAUCGAUCGUCUGGAUGAUGGCGCCGCCGCUGACUGGAACACCUGCGCCUGGAUACUCCGCCAGUGCGCCGCGGAGCUCGCGCUAGAGCAGGGACGCCGAGCGCACUCUCGGAUCGCGCGAUGGGGCCGCGACACUGACACCCAUCUUGGCAAUCUCCUCGUCCAGAUGUAUGGUAGCUGCGGAUCCCUGCGAGAGGCCAUCGAGGCCUUCCAGCGGAUCAGUGCGCCAAACGUCUACUCGUGGAACAUCCUCGUCACGCAGCUCGUCCGGAAUGGCGACCUCGAUCUUGCCACACGCGCGUUCCACCGUGCUCCCGCCAGGAAUCUCGUGUCUUUCAAUCUGCUUCUCACUGCACACACACGGCAGGGGCUGAUCGGCGAGGCGCGAAGGAUCUUCGAUGCCAUGGCCGAAAGAGAUGGUAGCUCCUGGAACAUCAUGAUCCAGGCGUACUCCAGCAGUGGCGAUUUGGAAGAGGCGCUUGUCCUCUUUGGCUGGAUGACCCGCCGAGACGUGAUCUCUUGGAGCACCGUGAUCACCCUCUACACCCGCGCUGGAGGAAUCGAUGUGGCGGUCCAGAUGUUUGACAAGAUGCCCCAGAGAAACGUGAUUGCGUGGAACAUUCUGAUUGCGGCAUUUGCCGAGGAGGGGGAUCUGGAGAAGUGCCAGGAAUUCUUUACAGCCAUGCCGCAGCGGAGCUUGAUUUCCUGGAACUCGCUGAUGCAAGCGUGUGCGCUGCAUGGUAAACUGGAUUUAACACUAGCUUUGCUCGAUAGGAUCCCACAGCAGGAUAGUUACUCGUGGAAUGCAGUGAUCUUAGCUUAUUCCCAGUGCGGGUAUCUUGCUGAAUCUCUGGCGAUGGUGGAAACUGUGCCCCAAGAAAGUUCUGUUGGAUUCAACGUGGUCAUGAAUGCAUAUGCUCAAGCUGGUGAUCUCCUUCGAGCUCGUCAUAUCUUUGAUCUCAUGCCUGAAAAGAACGUUGCUGCCUGGAAUGCCAUGAUCCAGGCGUAUGUGCAGAACGGGCAUCUGGGAGACGCCAAGGCACUGUUCGAUCGAGCCGGAAAGAGAAACGCCUUGACCUGGACUUUGGCGAUCGGUUUGUUCUCGCAGCAAUCAAGCAGCGAAGAUCUGGUGGAUCCGUCCUUAAGGCUCGCUUUUGAGAGGAUGCCAAGUCACGACACUUGUGCGUGGAACAUGAUGCUCCAAGCUUCUUCUCACCGGGAUGCCGGAGCAGCCAAAGAUCUCUUCGACAAGAUACCAGCGCGAGACAUUGUGUCAUGGACGGCGCUCAUCACAGCCUUGGGCCAUAGCCAGCAGAGCUCGAGCGCGGAGCUCGUGUUGAGCAAAAUGCCGCAGGUGUCGGAGAUCUCCUGGAACGCUCUCCUCUCGGCCCACGCUCGCGAACGAUGCUCGCCAUCGAUCGAGAAGGACCUUCACGGGGCCUGGAGCAUCUUCAAGAACAGGAUGGAGAGGAGGGACGAUCUCUCGUGGACGAUAAUGGUAUCCGCCUUCGCGGACUCGUCCACGCCUGAGAAAUCUCGCCGGGUCUUCGAUCGAAUGCCACAGUGGAGCUUGCUGUCGUGGAAUGCGCUGCUACGAUCUUACGUCCAGGCCGGUCUCAUCACAGAGGGAGUGUGGAUCUUCUCGCGUGCCAUGCCUCAGCGCAACAGCUUCUCCUGGAACAUCCUCAUUGCGGCUCUCUCUCAGAGCAGCCGCCUCGGCGAUGCGAGGGAGCUCUUUGCCGCCAUGCCCGCUCGUAGCAUUGUGUCGUGGAACUCGAUGAUCCAGGCGCUGGCCCUCAAUGGCGAGCCACGGGCCGCCAUCGCGCUUUACUGCGGCAUGGACCAGGAAGGCAUCCCUCCCAGUGAUGCCACCUUUGCGAGCAUCCUCGAGGCGUGCUCCAUUGCCUCGGCGCUCGAGCAAGGCAUGGAAAUCCACCGGGAUAUCGCCAUUGCCAAUCUGGUGAUCAAGGCUUCGCUCGCAAGCGCACUCGUCAACUUCUAUGGCCAGUGUGGCGGCGGCCUGGAUCGAGCCCGGGAGAUCUUCCACGGGGCUCCUCCUGCAGCGGUGUCGGGGUGGAAUGCGAUGGUCGCAGCGCUGGCGAGGCAUGGGCAUGGCCGUCAAGCGGUGGAGCUCUUCAUCCGGAUGCUGCUCGAGGGAAUGGAGCUGGACAGUGUCGCAUUCCUGGGAAUUCUCACUGCCUGUGGCUACGCGGGGAUGGUGGAGGAGGCGAGGGAGCUAUUCGUGCUUAUGGCGGCGCAUGGGAUCGCCGCUGGAGCCGAGCACUACCACUGCCUAGUGGAGGUGGUGUGCCGGGCGGGGGAGCUCGAGCGAGGUGUGGAGCUGACUGUAAGCAUGCCUUUCCAUCCGGGCGUGAUUCCAUGGAACAUGAUACUAAACGUGUGCAGCACUGUUCUGGUGGAUGGGAAAGUUGGCGCCUGGGUUGGGGGCGAGAUUAUGUUGCUGGAACCCGUGGAGUCUGCGCCGUAUGUGAUGCUCUCCAACCUUUCCACUGCCUGCAUUUAG